AUGGAAGGUGGUGGUGGAAAACGACGACUGGGAUGUCGGCCCAUAAACCCUAAGCUCAUCAAUCAACUCAUUCAAACCCUCGUACGACGACCCACCCUCCCCAAUCGCCCUCUUAGCCAUCUCCCUCAAUCCCUCGGCCCGCUGCCUCAUCUCGUCGUCCACCAUUACUUUUUGCACCGCCGCCCUCACCGCCUCCCGCCCGACCCCCUCGAUCCCCACCCUCUCCCACUUCUUGCUCCCCACCGGUACCCCCACCCGAAGCACCUCACUCACCAGCUUCUCGUUAUAAAACUGCUCCGCAAACGCCGGCCACGUCACCAUCGGCACCCCCGUGCACACCCCUUCCAAAAUCGAUGCGUCACAAACCCCACCACGGCCUCGUGCCCCAAAAUCGCCAUCUGCGGGGCCCACCCCCUUAUCACGAGCCCUCUCCCUCUCGUCCGCUCCUCAAACCCUUCCGGCAACGGAUCAUCAUUUCCCUCGUGCCUAACCGCCCACACGAAGCCGUGGCCCGACGACUCGAGCCCCGCGGCGAUCUCGCGCAGCUGUCCCCGCGCGAACGUGACCAUGCUCCCGAAGCACAGGUACACGACCGAGUUCGACUUCUUCGAGUCUAGCCACGCGAGGCAAUCGCGCUCGUCGAUGUCCGACUCUUUCCCCCUCCGCGACUCGUCGUUAUUAUUGCAUAGUAGGAGAAGCGGGCCCACGUGCCAAGCCUUCAACCCGAGCACGUUCUUGUAG